AUGCCUUCUCCUUUGCAAUGGAACUUCGAUAUCGAUAGGUAUCUGAACCCUCUGAUACCAAAGCCACCAUGGAAGCACGUCCCUUACCCAAUCGCCUUUCUCCUCGGGCACCGGAAAGGUAGUCUCAGACCAUACGGCAACUUGCUCUUGAUCCUAUCGGCCUUCAUAGGAGUAUUCACCAGCAUAGUGCUCAUCGAAGUCGUAACCCACCACCUCCCAGCUGUCCCAAAUCAUGGCCCCGUCAUAAUAGCCAGCUCGGGUGCAGCUGCGGUCCUGGAGUUCUAUGCGAUUGAGUCGCCCCUGUCACAGCCGCGGAACUUCUUCAUCAGCCAGAUCAUCGCUUCCGUCAUCGGCAUCUCGUUUGGCAAACUCUUCCAGCUCAGUCCAGAUUUUGAGUCGAUUCGCUGGCUCGGGGGUGCUCUCGCAUGCGCGUCCACGACGGCCCUGAUGGCGUUGACGAACACCGUCCAUCCACCAGCGGGAGCUACGGCACUUAUAGCCGUCGUCGACCUUGCGGUUGUGGAUAUGGGCUGGUUCUUGAUUCCAGUAGUCAUCCUCGACUGUGCCAUCAUGAUGACCGUUGCUCUCAUCUUGAACAAUGUCUGUCGCAGAUUCCCCCUGUAUUGGUGGACGGCGGAAGACCUGGGAAGACCCCGGGACGAGCCGAGUCCUAGGCCCUCAUCCGGAGAUGAGGAAAAAGCAGCAGCCCAGCAUGCAGAGCUCAUCAUUACGCGUGAUGUGGUGCUUGUACCGGAUCAUGUGCGGCUGUCGUCCGAAGAGCAGAGCCUUGUCGAGGGUCUUCGUAGCAGGUUAUAG